AUGCAUCUUCUCUUGAUUGGAGCCACUGGCCGCAAUGGCCUUUUGGUGCUUAAAGCCGCCCUUGCCAGCUCCCACACGGUAACGGCGCUCGUUAGAGAAUCGUCGAAAUCCAAGUUGCCGCAGCAUCCCAACCUCACUAUCAUUUGUGGACAACCGACUUCAGCUGCAGAUAUUGCAAAGGCGUUGGUCACGCCAAGGCCACCCGAGGCAGUGAUUUCUACGCUCAAUCUCCGCCGCGUCUCUGAGAGUCCCUUUGCAGCUCCGUCGCCUGACACGCCUAAUGAUUUUCUGAACACAGCAAUGAACGCACUGUUGGAUGCUAUUAGAUCCACAACAACGCUGGGCAGUGAGCCCAAGAUCAUAAUCAACUCCAUGCAAGGCGUGGCCGAGAGCAAGAGCAGCCUCAUCUUUCCUAUACGAAUGCUGUUCCACCAUAGUAACAUGAGAUACACGCUUAGCGGACACCAAGAGCUUGACGAGCUUGUCAAAGGCAGUGGUAUGGCUUACGUCAUGGCCCGCGCAGCUAGACUCACUGACGGUAACGGAAAGGCCGACGUGAGUAGGGUCAAGGACUUGGGAGAUGAUGGGAAGGGUGCUGCGUGGACUGCAAGCAUUGCAAGAGACGAUCUUGCUGCCUGGCUUGUCAAGGCUGCUGAAUCGGAUAAGUGGAACAAUCACUCGCCUGUGCUUGUCAACUGA